GCCAUAUAAAAGCACCGGGUACUAAAUCGACUCUGAUCGAACAUAUUUUCUGUUUUCGUAUAGUUGUUUGCAUAUUGGUAAUUUUCAUAUAUACUGAAUUUUUGAAAAUUGGAAUUUAUGAGUUAUUAAGCAGUUAAUCGGUCAUUAAAUGUGCAAAUGCACCAUGAUUGGUUUACAAUUGCUGCCGAAAAUGGGCUGAAAACGUCGACCCACUAACCAAAGCCAGGCGUUCUAUUAACAGUUCCAAAAACAUUUGCCCCAGCUAGUAAUUUCGUUUUCGAUACAUGGUGUGUUCUGUGCGAUCUUUUUACUGUUUCUUCGUAUUGAAGUAUAGAAAGUUUAUAUGUAUUUUUUCUUUAACAUAACACUGGCAUUAUAUUCUUAAGAUAUUUUACAUUUUCCAAAUACUUCUAUCACUCUGCUGAAAAUACGCACUGCGCAGGUUAAGCCGGCGCGUUUCAAGGAGACGGUAUUCAACAAGUCGUGAUGCAUUGGAGGUUCGGCGGUCCUUAUCCAAAAACCGACCAGAAAUCAGUGUUACAAAAGCAAUUUGUGUGACAAAGCAUAAAAGUGCAAAAUUAUAUUUUAAGACAUAUUCAGAAGCUUUCUUAUCAGUGGACUAUAUAUCCUUGGAAGAAAGUAGACAUUCUUAGUGACACUGAAAGUACAAGUGAAAAAUAUAAAAAUUGGGGGGGCUGUUUGACCGAUGGACAAACGGAAGAUGAUGCCCAAACGCCCUCGAAUGGAUAACCUGAGGGGUCCUAUUGCAAAUGGACCCAUUCAGACACGACCAUUAGUAGCUUUGUUAGAUGGUCGAGAUUGCUCUAUAGAAAUGCCUAUUCUUAAAGAUGUUGCAACAGUAGCCUUCUGUGAUGCACAAUCUACAUCAGAAAUUCAUGAAAAGGUAUUAAAUGAAGCAGUAGGUGCAUUGAUGUGGCACACCAUAAUUUUGACAAAGGAAGAUCUCGAAAAAUUUAAAACAUUACGGAUUAUUGUGAGAAUUGGAUCUGGAGUAGAUAAUAUAGAUGUCAAAGCAGCAGGUGAACUCGGCAUCGCUGUGUGCAAUGUGCCUGGAUAUGGUGUUGAAGAAGUAGCUGAUACUACUCUUUGUCUCAUUCUAAAUUUAUAUCGACGUACAUAUUGGUUGGCAAACAUGGUGCGUGAAGGGAAAAAAUUCACAGGUCCAGAACAGGUUAGAGAAGCUGCAACAGGAUGUGCAAGGAUACGGGGUGACACACUUGGAAUAGUUGGAUUAGGUAGGAUUGGUUCUGCAGUUGCCCUGCGUGCCAAAGCUUUUGGUUUCACCGUGAUCUUCUAUGAUCCUUAUUUACCAGAUGGAAUUGAAAAAUCUCUUGGUCUUAACAGGGUUUACACAUUACAGGAUUUGCUAUUCCAGUCAGAUUGUGUAUCCUUGCAUUGUACCUUGAACGAGCACAAUCAUCAUUUAAUUAAUGAAUUCACUAUCAAACAGAUGAGACCUGGCGCCUUUUUAGUUAAUACAGCAAGAGGUGGUCUGGUUGAUGAUGAUGCCUUGGCUGCGGCAUUGAAACAAGGCAGAAUUCGUGCAGCAGCACUAGAUGUACAUGAAAAUGAGCCAUACAAUGUUUUUCAGGGUCAGUGCUCACAGUGUCCAUUAAAAGACGCACCCAAUCUAUUGUGUACACCACACGCAGCAUUUUACAGCGACGCAAGCUGCACCGAACUUCGUGAGAUGGCAGCCAGUGAAAUACGAAGAGCUAUCGUUGGUCGCAUACCUGACUGCUUACGAAACUGUGUGAACAAGGAAUACUUCCUUUCUUCGACCGGCAGCUACCCUGAGGGAAUCAACGGCGGAUACUAUUCCGGGGGGCUGCCCGUUCAACAGGCGCAUUCAACGACUCCUCACGAUUCUGCACCCCCACCUCCUGGUGGGCAUUCCGUCGUCGGCGGCGGUGGUGGUGGGGGUGGUGGCGGACCGAACUCCUCUGCAGGCGGUGCAGGCGCCGGGGGUCCUACAGGCCCUACGGGUCCAACGGUAGGCGGCGGUGGGGCUGGAGGCCCUACUUCAGCUCCUCCUACUGGUGGAUUAACCGGUAUACCACACAGCAUAGUGAGCGAGCCUGACCCCCGGCCAAGCCCACCUGCACCGAGCCCUCGUUGACCUUGAACCCCCGACGUCCACUCCAGCACCACCCUCCGAUCUAAUUUCCCUUAGCCAUUCAUACACGACCUCCGACGACAAAUGGCCGAUUGACUAACGUGUGUCGUGCACGAUGUGCCCCAAAAAUCUGUCCGCUGCUUCCGAAGAACUCGAGGGAAUCCAUCCUUGAGAAAGAGUGAAAUGAGAGAACGGGGGGUAGGCGGGAAGAAAGAACAAGAGAGAAAAAGAGAGAGCGAGAGAGAGAGAAAGAGAGAGCGAGCGAGCGAACGAGAGUGAGAAAG